GAUACCGCAGCUAAGCCCAGGAAACAGUGUAAUUUCAACGCGAAGAGGGCACCGUCCGCCGUAGCUACAGAUACAUUUGACCUCUCGAAAGAAUCAUCGCAGGAAGAAGAAGAUGAUAGUGACGGUGAGAUGGUAAUGUCUAGAGAGGUCGAUUAUGGGAUGGAGACUAAGGGAAAUCAAGUAGAGCCCGACGACCUGAACUUAAAGCUGGAUCUUCAAGAUAAGAUUGCUGCUGAUGUCAUACUUGAUCCUGAGGCAGCUUGA